AUGGAGCUGAGUGAAGAGAUUCCCAUUACCAUACAAUAUAAGUUUGUCACGGGGAAUUACAUUGCAAACAUACUCAAUUUGGAUGUCCCUCUUUGUCAAUUACCGUCCAGAGGAACUCUGUCCGAUGGUCAAUAUUUUGCGGCUACAACGCCGGGUCAAGUUGGAUUCAGGCUCUUCGAGACUAAAGGUGACUACAUCGCGAGUGUAAUAAAUCAUCACUUCAGCAGAAAUAGCGUCACUCAUGACCCCUACAUGCAAAUUUGCCUCGCCAUCUUCAAGGGCGUGCCUGUUGGCAGUUUGAAGAGCUUUCCUCGUUUGGCACUUAUCGGCGCUCAACCGGAAGAAAUAAUUCAUGCCGUGGACACUAAGUUACCACAUUUGAAAUUUGUCAAUAAGGGACAUUUGGGGUCUCUUAUUUGCCGAAGGCAUGAACCAUAUGAAAAUUUUGAGGACUCCUAUUGGACGUUGGCUCGCAAACUGUAUGUAGACCCCUAG